AAUAAAUACGAUCGGACGGUGAAACCGUUACAAUAUGAUAAGUUGAUUGCUGAUGGUGAUAGUAACUGCUACAAACGACUUCUCGACCCUCAUCCGUAUGAAGAUGUCAUAGUAGAAAAAAUUGAAUGUAAAAAUCAUCUGCUGAGGAAUUAUUCGAGGAAAAUCCGAGAUCUAAUCAAGGAUACUUCAGCAGGACCUCUUGUUUUGCCAAAAUCAAUUAAAACUACGAUGGGCAAUCAGUAAAUCCGUGUCCUAUCGGAAAAGUGAAAAUAUUGAAUUUACUCACAACGUAGAGGGCUUAAAAAAGGAUAUACGUAUACAAAACUCCAUUAGCCAUAUAUUUGGUGAGCAUAAGGACUGCCAAAACAUACGUUACUUUUGCAAUAAGCCAUAUGUUGCACAUGGAACCACGAUGAGUGAUCUGAAAAUGACAGGUAGGGUUGUGUUAUAUGGGAAAUAUAUUGACACAGUACUUUCCAUGCAUCAAUAUGAUAAUUACGCGAGAGGUACAGCGUUGGCCUAUUGGAUGCAUGUUUAAUAGCAACUUUGU